ACACAUAAUAUUUCACAAUGGGUAUUUUAGGUACUAAUAAGACUGAAGAAGAACAUUUAAGGUCGGCUGCUGGUGUUGAUGAAUCAUCUGGUGUCAGACGUCAAUCGUCCAGCUCAUACACCGGAUCAUCAGCAUACGAGACUGCUGACGAAUACGAUGAGCAAUCGAUGGCCGAUGAGCCACAACAACGUGCAGCUGUUUCUAGCGAAGGCAUUGCUCCUGGUGCAGUCACUGACAGUGUAGUUCCAACUGUCUCUCCAUCUGACGAUGACAACUCAACCAUUCAAGAACCAACCGUUCUUCGUGACACUGAAUCUGCCGUCAACACUGUUGAAGAUUUCGAAGCUCCAGAAUUGGACGGUGAAGACGCUCUCAACAGAAGAUAUACCAUCGAAAGAAUUGCCACUCACAGAUCGAUUGACGAAGAUGCUGAAGCUGAAUUGAGACAUGAAUUGACCAAGAACUCAACCCACAAGUCUGAUGGUCCGGAAGCAGUGGAAAUCUCCCUGCUUCAAUGGGAUGGUCCAGAUGACAAGGAAAACCCUCAAAACUGGCCUCAAUGGAGAAAAUGGCACGUUACCUUUUCCGUCGCUGCCAUUUGUUUGUGUGUUUCUUUGGGUUCAUCACUUUACGUUUCUGGUGUUCCAGAACUUGAACAUCAUUUCAAAAUUUCUCAAGAAUUGGCCAUUGUUGGUUUGACCUUGUACUUGAUUGGGUUGGCCUUUGGUCCAGUUUUCGCUGCUCCUCUUUCGGAAAUGAUUGGUCGUCAAUGGAUUUAUAUCGUCUCCUUGCCAGUCUCUAUGCUUUUCACCAUGGGUAUUGGUUUAGCUCAAAACAUUGAAACCAUCUUAAUUUUGCGGUUUUUCUGUGGGUUGAUCGCCUCUCCUGCCAUGGCCAUUGCUGGUGGUUCCAUCUCUGAUAUCUGGUCUCCAGAUCAAAUUGGAUUUGCCAUGGCUAUGUUCUGUCUUGCUCCAUUCUUGGGUCCUAUUUUGGGUCCAAUUAUCGGUAACUUUGCCGCUGAAUACAAAGAUUGGAGAUGGACCAUGUGGGUUUCCUUGAUGUUUUCCGGUGCCGCUCUUCCAUUUGUUCUUGCCUUGCCAGAAACUUACAAGCCAGUUCUUUUGGCCAAGAGAGCUGAAAAGAGAGGUAUCAAGCUUGUCAAGCCUGAAGUCAACUCUGAAUACGUUAAGAAGGUUCUUGUAUUCACCAUGUUGAAGCCAAUGGAAAUGUUGUUUGUUGAACCAAUUGUUUUGGUUUUCUCUAUUUACAUUGCCUUUGUUUUCGCCGUUCUUUUCGGUUUCUUUGAAGCCUUCCCUAUCAUUUUCAUCCUGGUCUAUCGUAUGGACCAAGGUAUUUCUGGUUUACCAUUUAUUGGAGUUGGUUUCGGGUUAAUGCUUGGGGUUGUCUUUUAUAUUUACUUGGACAAAGUCUACUAUUUCCCAAAGAAUGCUGAUGGUACUAGAGGUAAGAGAGAUGAAAACGGUAACAUUAUCUGGGAUGCUCCAGAAUCUCGUUUGUUCAUUGGGAAGGUUGGUGCUGUUUGUUUGCCAAUCUCCUUGUUCUGGUUGGGUUGGACUUCAAGAAAGUCUGUCCAUUGGAUUGUUCCAACUUUAUCCGGUAUCUUUUUCGGAUUUGGUUUGAUUUUGAUCUUUUUCACUGUCAUUUUGUACUUUUCCAUGUCUUUCCCACCUUCAUCAGUUGCUUCUGCCUUGGCUGCAAACAACUUUUUACGUUAUGUCUUGGCUGCUGUGUUCCCUCUUUUCACCGUCCAAAUGUAUGAAAGACUUCACAUUGAUUGGGCCAGUUCCUUGUUUGGAUUCAUUGCCCUUGCCUUGGUUCCUGUACCUUUUGUGUUUGGUAUCUACGGUGCUAAACUUAGAGGAAGUUCCAAAUACGGUUACGCUGCAUUCUUCAAAAAAUUGGCCGCCGAUAAAGCUGCCGCUGCUGCUGCUGCCGCUCAAGCUACCCCAGCUCCUCAAGCCAAUGACACCACUUCUUCAUCCGAGAAAACUGCCGAAGAUGGGGAAUUUGCCGUGGAAAAGGAUGUUUCCCAUAAGGCUUAACCUUAUAUAAUACCCCAUCUGCAUGUAUACUAAUCUAUAAUACUUUAAUACGAAUAAUAAUAUUACUAA